GAGCUCCGCGGGCCGCGCAGCCCGGAGCCAUGUCGGUGAACAUGGAGGAGCUGCGGCACCAGGUCAUGAUCAAUCAGUUCGUGCUGGCCGCGGGCUGCGCGGCGGACCAGGCGAAGCAGCUGCUGCAGGCGGCGCAUUGGCAGUUCGAGACGGCGCUGAGCACGUUUUUCCAAGAAACCAACAUUCCCAACAGCCACCAUCACCCCCAGAUGAUGUGCACACCCAGCAACACGCCUGCCACCCCGCCCAACUUCCCCGACGCCCUGGCCAUGUUCUCCACGCUUCGUGCCUCCGAGGGGCUACAGGGCACGGGGAGCCCCAGGACGGCUGCCGCCUGCUCGCCCCCAGCCAACUUCAGCCCCUUCUGGGCCUCCUCCCCACCUGGCCACCAGGCAGCCUGGAUCCCACCCUCGUCGCCCACGGCCCACGGCUUCCUCCACCACCACCACCCGCCGCCCACGUGGGCCCCCGGAGCGACACAGGGGGCUGCCCCGCAGAAGCCCAUGGCGGCCAUGGACAGCCAGAGAUGAGACUGGCGGGGAGGGCAGCGGAGAUCGGGGUGGGGGGGGCACGGU